AGAUCUUUUUGUCACAAGACAGGACUCACACCAACCAGUCCCAGAGGAGGUGGAGGAAACUAGCAUUUUGCAUGCCACUAUAAGCUACAAUAUUGGCCCUGAUUUCUAAAGGGGCCAAUGGAAAAAAUGAGAAACAAAAUCACAAAUGCUCUCUCAGACUUCUUGUUUGAGUAUGAGACCCCACGUCAGGUGCUGGUGAGGAACAGGAGAGUGGGAGUUGUGUGCCGGAUAAUUCAGCUUGGAGUUCUUGCUUAUAUUAUCGGGUGGGUGUUCAUCUAUGAAAAAGGCUACCAGUCCACAGACACUGCAAUCAGCUCUACGCUAACCAAAAUGAAGGGAGUGGGCUAUACCAAUGUGAAUGGAACGGAGAAGAUCUGGGAUGUGGCAGACUAUGUCUUUCCACCACAGGGAGAUGCUUCGUUUGUGGUGAUGACCAAUUACAUCAUAACAGAAGGCCAGUCAUUGGGAAAGUGUCCAGAGCUUCCUGGUAAGCACAACUGUACCUCAGAUGCUGACUGUGAAGGAGGGAGUUACAAACGUACGGGACACGGAAGCAUGACGGGACGUUGUGAUAACACUACAAAAACAUGUGAGGUCAUAGCCUGGUGUCCUGUGGAAGAUGAUCAACACAUCCCAGAUCCUCCAUUGUUGAUGUCUGCAGAGAACUACACACUUUUUAUCAAAAACUCGGUCACUUUUCCUUUAUUUGGCGUCUCAAGGAGUAAUCUGGUGGAAGGUAUUGAUGCAAACUACAUCAGUAAAUGUCUUUACGAUCCAGACAAAGCUCCUCUGUGCCCGAUAUUCAAAAUGGGAGACAUAGUCAAAUUAUCUGGGUUCAACUUCGAAACAAUAGCAAAAGUGGGAGGAGCCAUAGGUAUUGUGAUAGACUGGACAUGUAACUUUGAUGUGGAUAAACGAAAGUGUAAACCUGAGUACAGCUUCCACGGUCUUUACGGAAACCCAGAUGAGACAGACAACGCACGAGCAUCUGUCGGAUACAACUUCAGGUAUGCAAGGCAUUAUUUUGAAAAUGGACUUCAGAAAAGGACUCUUUUCAAAGUGUUUGGAAUAAGGAUUGAUAUCAUUGUACAAUCACUGGCCAGGAAAUUUGAUAUCAUCCCAACAUUAACCGCGAUAGGCUCAGGUGUGGGCAUUUUUGGAGUGGCAACUGUGGUUUGUGACUUGGUUCUACUUUAUUUAUUACCAAAAAGAGAGUUUUACAAGAAUAUGAAAUUCAAAUACACAGAGACACAAGGCCAGCCAGACAACGACUCCUUCGAUUUAGACCCAAACGCCUAUUACGGCAUCGGAGCCAAACCAGGACAAGUGCAAGACACUGGGCGCUCCCAUGAUCCAGAAUCAGACGGCGGUUCUGUAGAGACUGAAGUACGAGUAACAAUGACAUGAAAGCAUUCCUGACAAAUUCCAGAGCCACUUUGAAGGUACACCACAAGUAAUGCCUGCAUCCUCCUCCAGAGACCACUCAAUCCAGACUAUGGACGAUUCCAGGAAUAACAAACAGAUUACAGGAAUAUCCAACCAAUGAAUUUUAUGCACAUGAACUUGAAAAGACUGGCCCCAGGGACUGCAUCUCUUUUACUUUUCUUUUUUGCUGGGAUAAUCGCCAAUAGAAGUUGACGCUGUGUAGUUUUUGGGUGUAGUCACUUUUGUUGUUCUUUCGUUGGGUGUAACAUGUUUACUGUAACGCUCUAAAAGCUAUGUGUGGAUGAAUGGACUGAUAAAGCUGUGUGUGGAUGAAUGGACAGUUACAAAGCACUGAACCUCAUCAUUGUGCAAAAUUAGAUCUUAUUGUUGACAAACGGUACAAUAAAAUGAUUUUUGUGGUUAUAAAGAAAACACAAUCAA